ACUGUAUCGAUAUUUCAUUCAUCACUGAGAAACAGAUUUUCCAGAAGAAACACUUAAGGCAAAGUUUGUUUUAUUUGUUUAUAGUGCAGUUUUUGUGCGUAUUUUACAAGUGAAUACUCGUGUAUAGUGACCCCUUGUCUGUAGCUAUCUGUAGGAGCAGAUCGUUCAGUUCAGUUGAGCUCAAACAGCGACAAACCAAUAUCAACAAUGUCGUGGCAAAGUGUUCCACAAUAUCCUCAAUAUCAAGAUCCCAAUCAGCAGUACAACUAUGGUGGGUAUCCACCACAAGGUGGUUACGGCGGUGGCUAUCCACCGCAAGGACCGCCACAAGGCGGAUAUCCGCCAUACGGUCAGGGCGGCGCUCAACCGUAUCCGCAAGGACCCUACGGCCAGGGACCUUACGGUCAGGGCCCACCGCCUGGCGGAUAUGCACCACAGCCGGGUUUCAUACAACCACCACCUGCAACUGGAUACGGUGCCUACGAUGAUCCCGAGGGUCAGCCCAAAAACUUCUCAUUUGAUGACCAGAGCAUCCGUCGUGGCUUUAUACGCAAGGUUUACAUUAUUCUAAUGGGUCAACUCGUGGUCACCUUUGGAGCAGUAGCCCUGUUUGUCUUUCACAAUGGUACCAAGAAUUUUGUUCGGAAUAAUCAAUGGCUCUUCUGGGUUGCUCUGGCUGUGUUGAUUGUGACCAUGUUGUGCAUGGCUUGCUGCGAGAGUGUUCGUCGCCAGACACCGACCAACUUUAUAUUCUUGGGAUUGUUUACGGUGGCUCAAUCGUUUCUCUUGGGCGUAUCAGCCAGUCGCUAUGGACCGAUUGAAGUUCUUAUGGCUGUUGGCAUAACGGCUGCUGUUUGUUUGGCUCUCACGCUCUUUGCCAUGCAAACCAAGGUGGACUUCACUAUGAUGGGCGGUAUAUUGCUCGCUUGCAUGGUGGUUUUCAUGAUAUUUGGCAUCGUGGCCAUAUUUUUCAAGGGCAAAAUCAUAACGCUUGUAUACGCCUCCUUUGGCGCGCUACUCUUCUCAGUCUAUCUGAUAUACGACACUCAGCUGAUGAUGGGUGGCGAUCAUAAGUAUUCGAUUAGCCCCGAGGAGUAUAUAUUUGCUGCGCUGAAUCUCUACUUGGACGUGGUGAACAUUUUCAUAUACAUUCUAACCAUUAUUGGUGCAUCGCGGGACUAAACGCAGUUACUGAAUUACACUUAUAUUUGACAUACCUUGAUUUUAUGUUACCAGGCAAUGUAUGUAAUUAGCUUAUUAAUAUUGCCCUAACAGCAGAUAUAUUUUCAAUAACCGCGUAAUCUCAUAAAAAGUCACAGAAACGAAAGCGUUUCAGAUUGAAUAUUUCGAAAUGUUUGGUUGCUAAAAUAUGUAAUUUGUUGCCAACUUUCCUUAUAGAA